CCGAACAGGGAGGAGGGGGGAUGGAGCGAGGUGCUGGCUAUAAAAUUUAUCCUGUGGUGCUCCCUAAAAUAAUAGAAACGUUUUUUAAAAAUCGAUAUUUUAACCUUAGAAUCGUUUCUCAAAAUAAAACAAUAUAAAAAACAUCGAUAUUUCAAUACGACACCCUUAUCUUACGUCGGUGACGUCAGGAAGCUCUAGCCAGUGUUUCCGGGUUGGAGAGCGCCUCCAUGUUAAUGGCCUCAUUUGGCUGGAAACGGAAGGUGGGUGAGAAGGUCUCUAAGGCAGUAGUGCAGCAUUUUGAGGCAGAAUCUGAGGCAUCUGCUGACGGCACGGAUGGGGAUGAGGUGGACUGGCUCCAUGCGAUCAAACGCCGCCGGGAGGUGCUGCUAGAAGACUGUGCUACAAAGAGCCAGAGGCUGAAGGAGGAAGGGUCCCUGCUGGCAGAGGAAGGCAGGCCCUGGGAGGCGAUAAAAAGAUGGGAGGAAGCGAUUCAGAUGACCCCAGAAGAUGCAACCCUGUAUGAAAUGAAGUCGCAGGUUUUAUCUCACCUGCAGGAGGUGUUCCCCGCGGUGCGGGCAGCUGAGAUGGCAGUGAAACUCCGCCCCCUUUGGUGGGAGGCAAGGCAGACCCUUGGUCGGGCUCAGCUUAAUAUGGGAGAGGUUGACCUGGCAGUGAGAAGUUUCCAGGUUGCAGUUCACCUGUGUCCAGCUGAGCUCCCUCUAUGGACUGAGGACCUGGCGUGGGCUCAGAAGUUGCAGAAGCAGAGACGAGAGAUGGAGGAGAAGCUCAGGCAGCAGCAGGAUACCAUGCAGCAGCUGCUUGAAGUUCCUGAGCUCGUCCCUGACUAUGAUUUUGAGGGCGAUGAAGUAGUGGCUGCGUGCGCUGCUGUCGCUGAGAGGCAGAAGAGAUACGACAGUCUGCAGAAAGCCGCAGUCAUCAUAGGUGCCAGUGGGACAGUGGAAACCCAGCUGGACACUGCAGACAUGCCACUGCCCUCUCAGGCGCAGUUUGUCAAAGCACGGGGGCUGUGACACAACUGGCUGUCAGCACCAGUUCCAUUCUUGGUUUUGCAUGGUAUUACUAUUAUUUUUUUUCUGGUCAUUUGUCGUUGUGAGAUGCUUCCAGUGCUAUUUUGAAAAAAAUCCCCAAAACCGUAUUUAUAUCUUCAUUUGUCAUUUUGUUUUUUUCUGUGUGACUUGGAUGACUAUAAUGUCGGAGGAGUAUUUUUAACUGUUUAAUAUGGACCAGUUUGUAAAAUGAUUGGUUUAUGCGUUGUGUCCAGACUUUUGAAUAAAGUCGUUAAGGGUGAAAGGAGGAAGAAUGUGUAGAUUUUUUGUGUGUGAGCUGCUAGUUUAGUCCCUGUUUAGUCUCUGCAUACACACCCACACAACCACGAAGUCAAUAGAAAUCUGUGGUUUUAUCUUAAAUUUUUAGACUCGAUUUUGUUCUUGCAGGUACUCUGAUCAUUUUAUUGGAAACUUGUUAUAUACAACUUAAAGAUGCACAUUUAACAUCCUUAAACCAGCCUGUACAUACCUGCAUGACUGCUGUUAUCAAUAAUACCAAAAUGUAGUAUUAGCCAAAGCAGUGUCAUACCUUGGACUUGAAACAAAAAUGUGUGUCUGUAAAACCAAUUUAUUAAAAUGAUAUGACUUCUGCAUACCUGUGCCCUUUACUUCCAGCUGGAAUUCUGAAGUAAUACUUUCCGUUUACGACUGCAGUUAAAAUUGGGAGGUCUAGUGUGAGGCUUCAGGCUUGGAUAGAAUUUGGGUCAGAUGCCACCUGGGUUAGAACUCAGGCUAACCAUAAGGUUAAUGCUUUAUUAAGAAGACAAAUGGUUUUGUUUUAACAUCUAGCAACAAACAAAAGCAAAUUAAUCUCAUAGGUUACGUGGAGCCAGGCAGAGUAAAACAAGUCACUGUUUCAGCCAGUAGGAUGUGCUUCUGCUCUCUGUGCUGUGGACCUGUUGCAUCACCGUCUGCUACUGAGCACAACCAGUGAAGCAACUGUCCCUUUUCCUGUGUCUCAUACAAGGCGAGAUCUGUAUCCAGGGUGGAGUGUUGGCAACACAUGCACUCAUCCCAUAAAGCUCAUGUCUGCCUUUAACCAGUGUGGCUGCUUCAGUAAAUGCAAUUUCAUAUGCUGCCGUGAGUCACAGCAAGAGAAUGGAGCAAGUAUUAGAAUUUUAAAGUGAUUCCUUCCAGACUAUUUGCACUUCACUUAAUUUUCAUUUCGGGGAAACUACUGCUUCCCUGCAGCCAGUCUUACAUGUAUAAAAAUAAUCAGUACAAAAGCAAUAACGAUCCAGGAGCUAUCGCUGCUCGGGCCCCCAGUUAAAUUUGUUGCAGUGCACCUGCAAUAAAACAUUUAUUUUGGGGGCGGGGGGGUGACUCAUUUUCUUAUAGUUUGUAUGGAUUAACCAUCCACAGAUGUCCAGUGAAUUGUACGUCAGAGAUGAAGCACAUGUUACAGUGUGUAAUGGGAAUAGUGUCAUUAUCCUGUAUGAUUUUUGUUGAUAAACUGCAUGUGGUUUAGUUUUACUAUUUGUUAUACACAUCUGUAUAAUUUAUUAAAAUAACCCAGUAUUUUUAAUAAUACCAUGCCCUCUGUAGAGAUAUCAAAUGGUACAUUCAUUUCACUUUUGUUCAUUUAUCUGAUUAUUUACCCCCACUUUUAAAUUAGCAUACAUUUUGCAUUUGAAGUUUAAGUGCAUCAACACCCUAAAUUUCCACAGUGUUACUGGUAAUUGGUGCCACGUAAUGCUUUUGCUUGGAGGCCCUCCUACUCUGUGUCAUUUGAACUCUGCUAGGGACUGGCCUUACUGUCAGUCCUGACUUGACUUCCCGGCUGGGGUCUAUGCUCACCAUAGACAGGACAGUGACUGAGCUGUGCUUUAGUCUUCGUUUUCCUACGUUUCACCAGGGUGUCGCUGUUUUCCAGCAUGAAAAGCUUUCUUUCACAAAUGAGGUUAUUGAGCAGACACUGCUGCUUUUGUACACCUUGGAGACGAAUAUAGAAAUACAACCAUAUUUUCCCCAUCCAUCCAUCCAUCCAUCCAUUCUUCUAAGCAUUUAUCUGGGUCAUGGGGGGGGGGGUCUGGAGCCUAUCCCAGAUAAAAUAGGGCACAAGGCUGUGAUACACCCUGGAGGGAAGAAAAAUUCAUCAGCAGGAACAGACAAAGCAAAAUAGUUACCUAUACCACAUGUUUUAUUUCAGUAUUUGAGGAAACACCUAAACUAGGAUAGUGUGCGAACUCCACUCAGACAGAGCUGCAUCCAGAAUAGGCAUGUGAGGACAAAACGCUGCUCACCAAGCCACAGAACCAUUUUGUUUUAUAACAAUUAAACAUUUGCAGUGUAAUUCAAUGAACUACUGUUACACUGGAAUCCUUAAAUUCUCACACUUGCAACACCAAUACGCUAUUGAUUAUUUCCAGAGUGGAAAUGUGUUUUGUUACAUUUACAUGGAAAUACACUUAAGUCUUUAUUCGGUUGAUUAAAUUGUUACCAUAGCAGAUUAAUUGCAAAUACACCACAAGUUAUUUAAAUGUAUUUCCUGAACAAAAUUCUGUUAUCUGCGCACUUUGUUUUCACAUUGUAUGCGUCAUUGCCUUUUGUUUUGCAGUAUAUAUUUGUAUCUGUGUACUUUCUGCAACUUACCACUGUACGCAAAAUAAUUUCCCCCAGAAUAAAUAUGGUGACAUCUUAUAUUAUCUUA